AUGUACCCCAACCCUCUCAUCUACUGCACCUGCUGGGACCCCUGGAACUUGGGACCACGGAAGUUAAUCAAGACCCCUCAGCCACCAAGCAAGACCCCAACAGGGAAGCCCAAGCUAACUCCUCUUCCUCCAGCUGCCAAAAACCAAAAGUAUGUCCAACCAAUAACAAAACCUGUUGUUGCCCCAAAAGUAAAAGUCCAGUUAGGAAAACAAGAGGAGAGCAAUAAAUUACCCUAUGAAGUGAUAAAUGUGUCACCUGGCUAUCGCCUCAUUCGAAAUAGAGAGCAGAUUUUCGUCACCUUGGGAGAUGAAAUGUUUGAUAAGAAAAAGCGGUCACAAUCAGACAUCAUGAACAGAUUCAAAAUGUCCAGGACUGAUAUCAUUACUGACCUAGAAGAUCAGAUCUCAGAGCUGACAGUGAUCAUUGAGCAAAUGAACAGAGACCAUCAUUCUGCCCAGAAAUUGCUCUCCAAUGAAAUGGCUCUCCGCUGUGCUGAGAUGCAGCAGAACUUUGAAAACAAGAACAGGGAGCUCAAAGAGGCUCACGAAGCAGAGCUCAGUCAGUUGGAGAACAACUACAAAGCAGUGUUGAAGGCAGAGAAGCUGGCUGCUCAAGAAAAACUAGAUGAGAUGGUAAAGGAAUAUAAGUAUCUGAAGAAUAUGUUUCAUAUGUAUCAGGAUAGCAUUCAUGAUGAAAUGGAGGACAAGUGGUCAAAGAAGAAGGCAAAAUGGGAGGAGGAGGAGAAGUUGGAGCGGGAAAAGAUCCUGCUACAGCAAAAACAGAAUAUAACAAAAAAGUUUGAGUUAGAGUCAAUAGAAGUAAAGAAGAAAAUAAAUGACUCGUACAGUGCGGUCUUCGAGAACUUCAAUCGAGAGAAAGAGGAGCUAUUGAAACAACAUGAAAAAGACACCAUAGAAUUAGAGGAGCUGAAAAAGACCAAACAGGUGCCAUGUAGACAUUGUCAUGUUGUCCUGAAACAGUUUCUUCUUACACAGGUCAUGGAGGAAGAAUUGAAUACACAAGCUGUUAUCCUAGAAACACUUAACACGACCCUCUACCAAACCCAGAUGGAACUCCAGAGAGAGAAAGCUACAAUGGGAAAUCUGGAGAAAAUGCUCCAGAUCAAGAUUUCUGAAGUUGAAGAAAAGUUUAAAUAUACCAUACAGCUUCUGACAGAAGAAAACAUUCAUCUAAGGCAGAAAAUAGUUGCCAAAAAUGAAGAAAUUUAUGAAGAACGAUCUGGGAAGUCAACCUUUAGUUAUGAGGAUUAUUCUAAUACUUUAGAAGAUUAUAGCAAUGAAAAAUAAGAAUUAUGAGCAGAAAAAUUGUUAGCCAGGGUAAAAGAUGGUAGGAACACCAUCUCUGUAGGCUUAGAGAAUUCUUGUGAGGUUUUCUUGAUAAAUGUGUAUUAUGGGUUUAGUUCCCGGGUUGCCUUGGUUCUACUUUUGUCUUUUCACAAUUUGCUUUCUUCUAAGUGGUUGGGAAUGUUUGAAUUCUCAUCUCAAUUAUACAGAGUUUCAAGACUUCAUUGA